AUGGCGGGCGCUGAAGAACAAGCGCUUCAUGGAGGCGAAUACCGCCAACAUUUACCAGAUCUGAGCAUCCCCCGCUUCACAACCAUGCAGAAGCAGGAUGCUCAUGAGUAUGCGAAUGCAUUCAAAGAGAGCGGCAAUCCCCCAUGGCUCCACGCAUUGUAUCUACACUGGCGUAAACUAUUCAAAGAGCCAUUCACUGGAAUCACAACAGAUGGAACUGUCAAGAAAGACCUGUAUCAGCUCGCUGACGAAGGGGUUUCUAUCCAAGAGAUAGUUGACGCCACAAAUGCCGUCCUGUCGCAGCUAGACGCCAAGCAAAAGUCAAUUUUGUCGUACCACAUUGACUCUCCCGAGUGGAGGUCAUGGUCGAACCCAGAGUUUCUCCUCAGCGACAAGGGUCUGCGCCUUGACGAGUUAACGCCACAACUCCGCGACAGCAUUCUCAAGGUACUGGAGACCACGCUCUCGCCCGAAGGUUACGCCAAGGCCCUUGGGGCCAUGCGCAUCAACGGCUUCUUGGGUGAGCUAGUCAAGGCUCCGACAAUUUGCAAUGAGUUCUCAUACAACUUCGUGCUGUUCGGCGAGCCCUCAACGACACGGCCGUGGGGGUUUUCCUUUUACGGUCAUCACUUGUGUCUCAACAUCUUCCUGUACAAGGGUCAGAUUGUAGCGUCUCCGUGGUUCACGGGUGCGGAGCCGAAUCUCAUCGACGAUGGCCCGUACAAGGGGACACGAAUUCUUGAGACAGAGGAGAGACUUGGUCUGCAGCUCAUGCAGUCCCUCCCAGCCAAUCUGCAAGAACGAGCGCAGACAUACAAACUACUAAAGGACCCGGCCAUGCCGAAGGGGAGGUGGAACCAUGAUGACCAGAGACACCUUUGCGGCGCCUACAGAGACAACCGUAUUGUACCAUACGAGGGCAUUCUUGUUGAUGAGAUGAACUCGGAACAGCAGGGACUAGUCACGGGAAUCCUCGAGCAAUAUCUUCUCUAUCUCCCCCAGAAGGCGCGAGAAAUUCGGAUCAACCACGCCAAAGCCUUUUUCAAGGAGACAUAUUUCAGCUGGAUCGGCGGGUUCGGCAACCAAGAUCCCUUUUACUACCGUAUCCAGAGCCCCGUUAUUCUUGUCGAGUUUGAUCACCAUUCUGGUGUCUUUCUAACAAACAAAGAGCCGGCGAAAUUCCAUAUUCAUACUUUGCUACGGACACCCAACGCUGGUGAUUACGGAAUGGCGCUCCGGCCGCUGAUCCCAGGAGUUGAGCAAGACUUCGUAUGGGAAGGAUGA